AUGUGCAUGCCGCAGAGUUGCCGCACAACGGAUUCCUCGCACCACAGUUGUCCCUAUGCACGGAUUUCAACUACUACAGCUGUGAGUGCAUCCGAAGAUCUGAAGGAGAAACCAAGUUGGUCGGAGCGACAGCGGGCCGCUCUGGGAAGAGCUUCAGGGGCAGUUGCCACAGUGCCUGAAAGAAAGGGCAGUACCAUGCUCGCACGUCCGCUAUCUGAUCUCCGUUCAAAAUCUCGGCAGAGCUGUCUGGAGUCGUUGCAUUUGGGUUUUCACAAACUCGCGCAUGUUUCUGUCAAAAGUGAAGAAGGACAAGGGUUUUUCUUGAAGGACAGCUGCUUCCGCUUCUGUUUCUAG